CUGAGCCUCGACUUCAGCUCCCUGCUGGGGCCCCUCUUCUUCUGCUGGCUGCUCCAGCUGCUGCUGCCGCCCAUGCUCAACCAGCUGGUCUACGAGAAGGAGAAGCGGCUGAGGAACAUGAUGAAGAUGCACGGCUUGGGGGACGCAGCCUACUGGGCUAUCCAGUACUGCUGGUUCUUCGUCAUCAACUUCACCUUUACUUGGAUCCUCAUCGGCUUUGGGAGCCUGAUCAACCUCAGCUUCUUCCGCCUGACCUCUUACUCAUUCCAGUUUGUGUUCUACCUGCUGUGGAUCAACUGCCUGCUGGCCUUUACCUUCCUGCUCAGCACACUGUUCCGCUCCUCCAAGACAGCGGUGGUGGUGGGCUUCUUGUAUGUGUUUGGCACCGGCCUGGUGGGCAUCUUGCUUCUCCAAACCUUCAUAUCUGAGGCGUACUGGUGGGUCAUCUUCCUGGAGCUGGUGCCUGGGUGGGCGCUGUACCGCGGCCUGUACGAGAUCAGCCAGUACGCCUUCCGGGCCAACACCCAGGACAACACCGGCAUCACCUGGAGCAGCCUGUCGGACGAGAACAACGGGCUGCCGGCGGUGAUGGUCAUCUUUGCCGUGGAGGCCGUCGUGUUCAUGGUGCUGGCGUGGUACUUGGAGCAGGUGGUGGACACGGGGGUGGGGGUGAGGAGGCACCCCCUCUUCUUCCUGGGACGCUUCCGUGGCGGCGCCAAGAAGGCACGGAAGCACGCCGGCGGCAGCGAGGAUGCGGUCACGAUCCCAGUGGAGGCGGAGGAUGUGCGGGAGGAGCGGCUGCGUGUGGAGGGGCUUGCGCCUGGCGCCAGCAACGCAGCCGCCAUCGUGAUCAAGGACCUCCACAAGACCUUCCCUGCGCCCUUUGGCGGCAGGGAGAAGCAGGCGGUGCGCGGGCUGACGCUGGCCAUUGAGCGCGGCGAGUGCUUUGGCCUGGGGCCCAACGGCGCCGGCAAGUCGACCACCCUGAACGUGCUGACCGGGUUCUUGGACCCCACGCAAGGCACCGCCAUUGUGGAGGGCCACGACAUCCAGCGCGACAUGCCCACCAUCUACUCCCUCAUGGGCGUCUGCCCGCAGGACAACCUGCUGUGGGAGCGGCUGACGGCUCGGGAGCACCUGACCUUUUUCGCUCGGCUGAAGAACCUCAAGGCACGCACCCCUACCUCCUGUCCACACGCCCACCGCGGGCAGCAGCUGACGGCGGCUGUGGAGGAGGCGCUGCAGAAGGUCAACCUGUACAACGGCGGCGUGGGAGACAAGCAGGUGCGGCAGUACAGCGGCGGCAUGAAGCGGCGCCUCUCGGUGGCCAUCAGCUUUGUGGGCGGACCGCUGGUGGUCUACCUGGAUGAGCCCUCCACCGGCCUGGACCCGGCGUCCCGCCAGAACCUGUGGAGCGUGGUCAAGGCCGCCAAGCAGGAGCGGGCCAUCAUCCUGACGACGCACAGCAUGGAGGAGGCCACCGUGCUGUGCGACCGGCUGGGCAUCUUUGUGGACGGCACGCUGGUGUGCAUCGGCAACCCCAAGGAGCUGACCAGCAGGUACGGCGGGUACUACAUCUUCACCAUCACCACGCCGCCGCACCAGGAUGCGGCGGCGCACGCCCUGGUGCUGGGCAUGAGCCCCGGGGCGCGGCUGACGUACGCGCUGGCGGGCACGCGCAAGUACGAGCUGCCGGUGGGGGAGGUCACGCUGCCAGAUGUGUUUGCUGUGAUGGAGGAGGCCAAGAAGAAGGUGACGGUGCUCGACUGGGGGGUGUCCAACGCAACGCUGGAGGAGGUGUUCAUCAAGUUUGCCAAGAGCAUCGGUGCCGAGGGCGGCAUGUGACCUCAAGGCAGCCGACCGAUGGUACCACACACUGUUGCAACGUUGACAAGCGGCUCGGCCAUUGCUAGGCGCCGCAGGGCCUUCAUGCAGGGCCACAUGCAGCCAUUUCAUUCCAAUUCCUUUUCCUGUUUCUGACAGCCUGUAAAUUAUCUCCGACUUUAAUCCGCC